CGUUGAGAUCGUUGGUGGAGUGUCGCACGUGCUCUCGCCGCCGCGGUUAUUUGCACAGGGGAAAAGAUGUGACUGUAACACCGUGUCUGUGAUGAUCUAAAAAUCCAGCACGUUAGGGAGGACAGGAAAGGUAUCCCUCAGAAAUUCAGUUGAACCGAAGUGCCAAAUGAAUUCUUGUGAAUGUUAACACUCGUAGAAAAUGAACAUUGCUAAACGGAUAACAGCCAUGGAACUAUAGCCCGCAAAAGACAGGUACAACACAACAAUACUAAAGACUGUAAAAAAAAAGCAAAUCCGAUUUUCAUACAAGGAUCAGCACGACAGCGAUCAGACUCCCAAAGCUACCAGCAGCUUGUAAACAGAAGAUUUGGAUUCAUUCGCGUAGGAGAACCCCGAGUCGCCAUGUCCAAGGGGAUUCCAAGAUGGCUGUUGGUGGGUGCGGCGUGCGUCUUGGCUCUGGCUGGGCGCGCUGAGGGAAGAGGUAUACCCUGCCCUCAACGAGCGGAAUGUAAGGCCAUAUGUGACAGAAAUGGCUCCGAUUACCGCCCUCAGGAGUGCUCCUCUUGCUGUGAUCGAAGUCGCGCAGAUGCAAUGACAGUGAAAGAAAACGCGGUUGAAGAUAGGUUGAAGACAAUGGAGACGACGGUGAAGGAGCUCCGAGUCAUGACCGGCGUCCUUCUUGCUCUGGUUCUCCUGUUGAUCCUGGUGGUGGUGGCGAUGCUCCUCCACCUCACCAAGAACAUACCCAAGUUCACCUUACCCGUGAUCUUCAAGAAUGCCAAGAAGGGCGCUGCCAACAUAAACGACAAAAAUUCCACGCACAAGACCUGCAACGGUGUAGCCGACGCCAACGCCGCGGUGGGCAGGAUUGCCAAUCAUCAGACCAGCAGCAGUCCGAAGGCCAAGAGAGCGUCCGUUAGAAGGUCGACCUACGGGCCCACAGAGGACACGGUCGGGCAGCACGAGCCGCGUUCCUUCAGGGUCCGACAGCCCUCUGAAUCCACCUGUCCUGACGAAGGCGCCGACUUCUCCCAGCAAGGAUAUGACAAUCUAGGCCUAUCCACCUCCACCAUCCACACCUCUAACCUGCACAACACUUCCAAUUCCUCCACAGACACCCUGGGCCCGACAGUCUCCACCAACACCCUGGACACGACGCUCCCAUCGGAGAGCAACCUGCCCUCGGUCGUUCACAACAAUACCAUGGUUUAAGAUUUUGAAUUUGUCAUCUCCGUCUGUUUGAAACUAGCUGCUUACCAUUCUGUUGUGUUCCCUUCAGUGCUCUAUUCCGUUUCUGUUGGUAGUUCUCUUGGUUUUGGAAAGAAUAUUCAAUUUACCUGAAAAUGCUACGUGUAACGACGUAAGCCUGCCCAAAGCUGAUCUUUCUCCUUUUCCUUGAUAAAUUAUUUUCUAAUUUUUACAUAUAUUCACACAUACACACACA